AUGUCGGUCCCGAUUGAGAAGCUCCAGCUAGAAAAGCUCCUUGACGAGAGAGUGUUUGUAAAAUGGACAGAUCAAUCAGGUACAACUUUGACGCUGGGCUCUUGCUUGUAUGGUAACAAGCAGAAUCCCAAGUUUUUUAUGGCUGCAUACCUCGAUAUUAAAGGUCAUAUUCAUAUUCACUUUAAGCUCCAGGUCUCUAUUAAGCUCGCUGGAAAGAAGCAACAAAUGGACAUGCUGUUGGUUGUUCCUCCGGACGCCGACUUCGCAAGUGCCUCUACACCUCGUCCGAUAUCGAGCAUCGAUGAUUUAUCUCACGACGCUUCUGCCAUUCACGAAGCUGGCUUAAGCGACUCGCAACAUGUCUUCCUCAUAAAAUUCAAACUGACUGCGAAGGGAUUCGUUAUUGCGAAGAAGAAGACUGCUCCGAUCAUUAGGCCCAGCACUACAACUGCAGAAAAGUUGGUUCAUAGCCUUGAAUCUUUGUCUAAUACAUCCAUCUUCAGCGUAUAUAUCAGGCCAAGCACUUACGCGGAAGUGAAUCUGCAAAAACUUCGCACGCACCUGGUCAACACUUGUGCUACUAUCGAUACAUGGAAAACCAGCACAAAGGAGAUGUACAUUCAGCAAGGGGCUAUGUUAGUGGAAUGGAAUAGAUUCUUAUCUGAGGAUCAACAACACGUACUACCGCCACCAUAUACUCUAGAAUCCCCGGAAGUGCAGGUUCCUCGGUCACCAGUAGUUUUCGAGAAGGAACCACCAUCAAUCAAUGUUAUCGAAGAGGCAAUUGCCGAAACACCGACACGCACUCCAGUCAGCCCGAACCUCCCGCCGGUACUGCAUGGCAUUUUCUCUCCUAGCGUCGAAGACUCUUUGAAUGACAGAGUGAGCUCGGAUGAUGUCGAAAAGGACUUGAAAUGUGCGGAAGAGGAUUCGAGGUAUAUCGAAAUGGACUUUGACGUGGAUUCAGAUGAAGAACGUCUCGCUAAUUUGAAGUCUCGAGAACUAAGUCAGCAAUUCAAUCAAGAUUUAGAAGUUUCAAAGAUACUUGAGUCAAAGUUUGUGGAGUGGAUACAAGCAGCAAUGCGGAUAAACUCGAAUGUGUACGCACACAAGCGUUUAACUACCAAGCUGUCAAUUCUAGGUAACUGCGUCCGUACGUCUAAUGCUGGCGUAUUUGACGCUACUAUACCCUGGUGCUCUGCGUUAUUUUUCUAUGACCCAUUCGAUUCCGAUAAUUCUGUGUUAUGGGAGGAGAGGAAUUCAUGGCUGAUUUCAGACAUGGCCAAACUGAUUAGAUGGGCUAAUGAAGUUCACUAUGGCGCCGAGAUGAAUCCAUUAUUGGUAACUGAUUUUGUGAAGCUAGGCAAUCUUGCUCGCACUGUUGCUCUACACUCUGGAUAUAACAAGGACGAAUACGGCCUUCAGAAAAGUGCAUGUGUUGCUCAUGUUUUUAUGGAAUUUAUCAAGCCGGCGACUGAUAUCAGUGGAGAGAACAGCAAGCCUCUUUCUCGAAAAAGCUUAGAAGCUGGUAGAAAUAUAUCUAAGCGAGUAAAGAUAUAA